AUGGCGACGGCGGCGCUGAGCUUCCACCAUCUCUCCUCUCCUCCGGCGGCCUCGGAGGCCUCCGGUGGAGCGCCGCCGCUCAAGCUUUCCACUGCCGGAACGCCGCCGCUCAAGCUUCCAGGAGGCGUCUGCCGGAGGAGCGGAGGCGUGGCGGCCGCCGCAGUGAAGAGGUCGGGGUUUCUGACGACGAUCGACCGCGCGAUCGAGGAGGAGGAGUACCGCAGGGCCAGAGCGGAGGUCCAGAGGAAGGGAGUCGAUGUGGAGGGGCACCUGAUAGAGGGGAUCUCGAUGAGCGGCCAUGAAACCUGCGUGGUGGUGCCGAGCUUGAACGCGGCGUUCGACAUCGGCCGGUGCCCCGCCAAGGCCGUCCACCAGGACUUCCUCUUCAUCACUCACGGUCAUCUCGACCACAUUGUGAGUCUCUUCUCCUUCUUCUUCUUCUUCUUCUUCUUCUUCUCCGGCGAAACAGCGCUCGGAGGGAUUGCUGCCAAUUUGUCCAAUUCCAGCAUUAACUCGUCCAUCUAUCCGGCGUAGCGAUCAAUUCUUCCGCACCUUGUUCCUGUUUUCAGAAUUCUGAUGUGAUUGAUGAGCACAACCAUGGCAAUUAUAUUUCGUGAUGCAGGGGGGGCUUCCCAUGUAUGUAGCAACCCGCGGGCUUUACAGUCUGAAACCUCCCACAGUGUUCGUUCCGCCAUGCAUAAAAGAGGAUGUGGAGAAGCUACUCGACGUCCAUAGGGCCAUGAGCCAGGAUGAGCUGAAGCUUGAUUUAGUGCCAUUAGAUGUGGGUAAGCGCUAGAUUCCUCUGCCGCUUUUCCUUCUUCUUGUGCGCAAAUGUUUGAUGUCUCACUCCCUUUGACGGAAAAUUAUAGGGGAAACCUACGAAAUUCGGAAUGACCUUGUUGUCAGACCAUUCAGAACUAACCAUACCAUUCCUAGCCAGGUAUUUUUCCUGUAACAAGGCAUAUUUUCUUCCAUUUAUUUCACCGCCAGUUUCCAAGUACGAUCGAAGAUUCCUGUUUAUUUCUACCUCAUAUGGUUCAGGGGUACGUCGUGUAUUCUGUGAGGAACAAGCUCAAGAAGCAGUAUGCUCACCUGAAAGGGACCCAGAUCAGGAAACUGAAGCUCUCUGGAGCUGAGGUAUUUACUGCAGCUAAUGCUAGAAAUCAUUUGGAGAUGGAUGAUCGGCAUGUACUAAUCACCGAUUGUUUCUCUUCGUUUUCUAUGUCAUUAGAUCACAGACGUCAUAUUGUAUCCAGAGGUGGCCUUUACAGGGGACACCACAUCUGAUUUCAUCCUCGAACCUCGGAAUUCAGAUGCUUUGAGAGCCAAGAUCCUUAUCACAGAGGUAUGAUAUUGAUCUCACAUAGUGUUAAGAAUAGUCCCAUCUUGAUUAUCACUGAAAUAAACCUGUGAAUUGGUUUUAAGCUAGAUAAACCUUGGAGUUGCUUAAACCUAGUGUCCAGAGUGGGGCCCAGACUCAGCCCAGGCCCAGAGGCAACCUCGGGAUAUGAGACCCGGGUGAGACUUGGGCCCAGUCUGAGAAUAUGGGAUUGGGUCCCCACUGCCACGUGGCUGAGUUCUUUGCUGCCAAAGAAAAAUAAUCAUUUCAUGUAUCUGGUCUAAAAUCUCCCAGGCAACAUUCCUUGAUGACGAGUGCAAUGUGGAGCACGCCCGACGACAUGGCCACAUGCAUUUGUCAGAGGUAAACCAGCUGAGGCCUUCUAUGCCCAUUCUCUGGGUGUUCUUCAGAUCUCGAGAAUGAUUGGGUCUCUUAAUGAGAUAUGUGGAUCUGUGGGCCUUUCUCCUGCCUAUCCGAUUCGAAUCCUUUUCUAGAGAACAGAAGUUCUCGUGAUCCGUUCUUCUCUGGUAACUCUUCUCAGAGCUCACUGUCUGCUCGUGAAAUUAUAGAUCAUGGAGUAUGCUCAGUGGUUCCGGAACAAGGCGAUUCUCCUCACUAAUUUCUCAUCCCGCUAUAAGAUUGAGGUAUGGCCCUAGACUAGCAUACCUUCCCCAUCAUCAUCAUCAUCAUCAUCUCUUCAUCCUCCUUCACAAAUAUCAUCAUCAUCAUCCCUUCCUCCUGUUUCACCAAUAUCAUCAUCAUCAUCAUCUCUUCCUCCUCCUUCACCAAUGUCGUCAUCAUCAUCAUCAUCAGAGGUAUGGUCCUGGACUAAUUGAAGACAAGGAUACACUGUUCUCACCUAAGGAUUGUCCUCCUCCUCCUCCUCCUCCUCAUCAUCAUCAUCAUCAUCAACAUCAUCAUCAACAUCAUCAUCAACAUCAUCAUCAUCAUCAUCAUCAUCAUCUUCUCUGCCUCCUGCUUCUUCACCAAUAUCAUCGUCGUCAUCAUCUUCUUUCAGGACAUCCGAGAGGCAGUGUCAAAGCUACAACCGAAGGUGUCAGCCAAGGUCACUGCUCUCACUGAAGGAUUCAGGUCAACAUACACAUGA